UGCCACUGCUAAACCUCAGACGUCAUCAGCGCGCGCCUGCUGUGUUGCUCGCGCCAUUCCUACAAACGUGUGUGUGUUUCCAUCUCCCAUUACAUUACUAUUGGCAGAGCUUUAACAGCCGCGGCUACAGCACAGAUUUUGUUUUUUAACCGUCGUUCUUUUAGAUAUAUCCAGCUAUGGAUAUGGACGGUGCCAGUUCAGUGGUGCUGCAGGCCUUAACCCAAGCUACCAGUCAGGACACAGCUGUGCUGAAACCUGCGGAGGAGCAGCUCCGACAGUGGGAGACGCAGCCAGGUUUCUACUCUGUCCUUCUGAAUAUCUUCAAUAACCACAUGCUCGAUGUGAACGUCAGGUGGCUGGCUGUGCUGUACUUCAAAAAUGGCAUUGACAGAUACUGGAGGAGAGUAGCGCCUCAUGCUUUAUCAGAAGAGGAGAAGACAUCAUUGCGUGCUGGCCUCAUCACAAAUUUCAAUGAGCCGGUCAAUCAGAUAGCGACCCAGAUUGCAGUACUGAUAGCCAAGGUGGCCCGUCUGGACUGCCCCAGGCAAUGGCCAGAGCUCAUUCCCAUUCUUCUUGAGUCCGUGAAGGGUCAGGAUGGCUUGCAGCAGCACAGGGCGCUGCUGACCUUCUAUCAUGUCACCAAAACCCUAGCGUCCAAACGUCUGGCGCAGGACAGACGACUUUUCCAGGAUCUGGCGUCGGGAAUCUACAGCUUUGCAUGCUCCCUGUGGAGCCAUCACACCGACUGCUUCCUCCAGCAGAUAUAUGCCAGAGAUGAGGCUGGAGCGCUCAGCUCACUGGAGAGGACGCUGCUCUCUCUUAAAGUGCUUCGCAAGUUGACAGUCUUCGGAUUUCAAGAGCCACAACAGAAUAUGGAAGUGAUGGGUUUUCUGAAUGCAGUGUUUGAGAGGCUAAAACAGUUCUUGGAAUGCUGUCGGCAGGUUGGUCCAGACAGCACAUGUAGAGAGAAGUUGGAGAAGAUAAUCAUACUGUACACUAAAGUUUUGUUAGAUUUCUUGGAGUACCAUCCGUGUGCAUUUAUACCCCUAAUCCAGCGUUCUCUGGAAUUUGCCGUCGGCUACCUAUUUACACCUGCUGGGGAGGGAGUGACAUUUGAACGCUUUAUUGUUCAGUGCAUGAACCUCAUCAAGAUCAUUGUUAAGAAUGAUGCCUACAAACCUUCCAAGAACCUUGAUGACAGUAAACCAGAGAGUCUGGAGGCUCACAAGAUCAAGACAGCUUUCUUUACACACCCCACACUGACAGAGAUUGGACGCCGGCUCGUCUCACACUACUUCCUUCUCACAGAGGAAGAGCUGGCAAUGUGGGAAGAGGACCCAGAGAGCUUUGCUGUUGAAGAAACCGGCGGUGACUCUUGGAAAUACAGUUUACGGCCCUGUACAGAAGUAUUGUUCCUGGAUAUCUUCCACAACUACAACCAGACACUGAUACCGGUGCUACUGGAUAUGGUUCAGAAUCUCCAGGGCCCAACCAAUGUGGAAGACUCUGUUCAGUUGCGAAUGAAGGAUGCAGUAUACAAUGCAGUUGGACUGGCAGCUUAUGAGCUGUUUGACAACGUGGACUUUGACCAGUGGUUCAAGAAUCAGCUUCUUGGGGAGUUGCAAGUAGGCCAUCACAGAUACAAGUUGAUUCGCCGACGAGUCAUCUGGCUAAUAGGACAGUGGAUCUCUGUCAAGUUCAAAUCUGACCUUCGACCUUUACUCUACGAGGUCAUCCUGAGCCUCAUGCAGGAUCCCGACUUGGUGGUGCGGAUUGAGACAGCUACAACCCUAAAGCUCACUGUUGAUGACUUUGAGUUCCGGACAGAGCAAUUCCUCCCGUACCUCGAGUCUAUCUUUGGGCUGCUCUUCCAGUUGUUGCAGCAGGUGACAGAGUGCGACACUAAAAUGCAGGUGCUCCAUGUCAUUUCCUGUGUCAUCGAGAGAGUGAACAUCCAGAUUCGGCCAUACGUAGGCUGUCUGGUGCAGUACCUGCCCCUGCUCUGGAAGCAAUCUGAAGAACACAACAUGCUGCGAUGUGCCAUCCUCACUACACUCAUUCACCUGGUACAGGGCCUGGGGGCAGAGUCUAAGAAUCUGUACCCUUUCCUUCUUCCUGUCAUCCAGCUGAGCACCGAUGUUUCCCAGCCGCCACAUGUGUAUUUGCUGGAGGAUGGACUAGAGCUUUGGUUGGUGACUUUGGAGAACAGCCCAGCCAUCACCCCGGAGCUGCUCAGAAUUUUCCAGAACAUGUCAGCUUUGCUGGAGUUGAGCUCCGAAAACCUGCGCACCUGCUUUCAGAUUGUAAAUGCCUACUUAUAUUUGUCUGCCACAGACUUUCUUCAGAACUAUGCAGAAUCAUUGUGUCGAGCUUUCUGCAAUCUGCUGAAAGACAUCACGAAUGAGGGACAGGUCCAAGUGCUCAAGGUGGUAGAGAUAGCUUUAAAGGUUAGCCCCAUACUGGGAGCCCACAUGUUCCAGCCCUUGCUGCCACUUGUCUUCAGAGGAAUUGUGGACGGCGAGAGAUAUCCUGUGGUGAUGUCGACCUACCUAGGAAUCAUGGGCCGCAUCCUUCUCCAGAACUCCAGUUUCUUCUCCUCUCUGCUCACUCAAAUGGCUUCUGAGUGUAGCCAGAAGAUGGACCAGUUGUUGGGCAGUGUUAUAGAGAUGUGGGUCGACCGCAUGGACAACAUCACUCAGCCAGAGAGGAGGAAGCUAUCGUCGCUGGCUCUGCUUUCCCUCCUACCAUCUGACAACAGUGUGAUCCAGGACAAGUUCUGUGGCAUCAUCAACAUCUCCGUUGAGGCACUGCAUGAUGUAAUGACAGAAGAUUCUGAAACCGGCACCUUCAAAGACUGCAUGCUGAUGAGCCAUUUUGAGGAGCCCAAGCUGAGUGACGAUGAGGAGCCACCAACUGAGCAGGACAAGAGGAAGAAACUGUUGGCUUUGGAGGACCCAGUGCACAGUGUUUCCCUCCAGCAGUUUGUCUAUGAGAAGCUGAAGGCACAGCAGGCCAUGAUGGGGGACCAGGGCUUCGGGGUCCUGAUGGAGACCGUGGACACCGAGCUCGUCAGGCAGCUCCAGGAGUUCCUCCAAGGCCUCUGAAUCACCUAUACAAUUCUUCACUACCUUACAGAACCAUCUCCUCCUGUUUUUGAAAAUGUACCCGAAAGGCUAAUAAUCUGCCCGACAUGUGGACUAAUCCCACCCUUCCCAACUGCUACCCAUGCUUUGCCUUAUCUAUAUUCAGACCUAGCCUUGUCGACUGUCCUCAGCUAACACCCCUCGUCCCUUUCUCUAGUAUUUGGAUUCCUUUACAUUUUUUUUUUUUUUUUUUUCUCAAGAUGGGGUUUAAGUGGGUACUUUAAAAUGUGCAAGUACCUUCACACCCACAUACAAACAUCACCACACUAGAGCUUCCACUCAAUUCUUCUAGUUUCUUCUCUUUCUGUGGUUUUAAGGUGGAAUGGGUAGAAAAUUGGAUGGAUGGUAUAAAAGUUGGGGAUUUGAGGAGUAUAUACUGUUAGAGAAAUCCCCUGCAGGUGCCAGAGCAGGAGCCUCAGACUAUUUUCUAUGGAGAAACAUAGCAGAAAUGUGCAUAAACCGUACCUAAAGGACCUAAAGCAGUGUUUACAGAAUCUAUUCUUAAAAAGAGAAAAAAAAGAAAUGUAAUUUUUUAUGUAUGUAAAGUAUGGAUGAUAUUCUGCAUUACGAUAUUUUAGUUUGUUUUUAGUUUGUGUUAAUUUCGCUUUCAUUUAAAGAUAAUACUUUUGUCGUAACCAGAGGUCAAGUUGAAGUAACUACUGAAAGAACUCAUGAGUGUUUUUCUUUCUAUUUGAGUUGAGUUUAGAGGGAAAUUUUGUUGACUUUAAAAUGGGUGAUUUUUAAAUGGUUGAGUGCUGAACCACAUUUAUAUGUACAUACAUACUGCUGCUAAUUGAUGGUGUGUUGGAGCACUUUAAUAACCAAAAACUGUUUCACCUGUUUUCAUCUUUUUCUCAAUGGUACAUCUUCUCAAAUAGUUUAACACAGUGGUAGAAAGCCUCGGAGCAGUGCAGCGGGAUUAUGCAAAUUAGGCUUUACUUGCAUUAAGACCCCCAUCUUAAAUUUUUGCCAUAUUUCAGGUCUCAAUAAUUUGUACAAAAUGGACAACAUGCCAAUAAGCUGUGUCUUAACUAUUUAAUUUGAAAUAAUUUGAUGAAUUCUGGCCUAGGUAGCUGUUAAAGAAGUCCCAUUGUGAGCCACUGUGACUUUAUGAGUCAAAAUACAUUGUUGCGCAUAGCUGCCCUGCCGGUUUUUCUGAUUCAACCAGUCGUGUGAAUGACUUUUUAGUGGUAGAGAUAAAGCUUUGAUAUAUUUGACAGAAGAACCAGUUUUCGUUUUUUCUCAGAACAAUUGAUAUUUGGACGUUUGGCAAACCUAUACGGUAUUAUAAAGAAAAAUAAAUGACUUAAUAUUGGCACCAAAGUUAUUUAAUAGUUGAAAAAAAUCCAAAAUGGGGUCUUAGAAAAAUAUCUAUUGUUUUCUGUGAUUUGAAACUCGUAUUGAGAAAAAACUGAAUUUACUUUGGGUUACACUGCCUUUUAUAAUCUAUUCUUCUGGAAUUUAUGGAUAAAUAUGGUUUUAUUUGCUCUCAUUAGGUUGGUCAACCUCUUGACACUGUGAUAGAGUUGAGUAGCAGUCAGAAUUACAGCCUUAUGCUUUCAGCCUUACCUAUCCUUGAAACUAAAAAGACAUUUCUUACUAUUAUGUUCAUUUCUUAACUAGUGUGAACAGUAGAUGAUUUCUGUCCUUGUAUUCUGUUAAUGACCGCAAUUAUGAAGUUAAGAACGUAACACAAAAUACAGUAAAGAGAUGUUUUGGGGUUGGUUAUGCUUUGAUGGGAAAUAAUCCUUGUUGCUUUUUCCAAAGCAUUCAAUAAAAUGCAGUAAUCAGCCAAAAUAUUAGUUUGUGUAUUUC